AUGAAUAGGUGGCUCUUUGGUAGCCGCAAGAGCGGCACCCAGCAGUCUGCUAGUGUUUACAACGACGUGAAGGCGGGGCUGCAGGCUAUGUACAAAAAGCACUUGCUUCCCCUCGAGUCAGACUUUAAAUUUCAGCAGUUUUAUUCGCCUCUUCUAACCGAUGGAGACUUCGCAGCCAAGCCGAUGGUGAUGGUCUUGGGCCAGUACUCCACCGGAAAGACCACCUUUGUGCAACAUCUGCUGGAGAGGGAUUACCCGGGGCUUCGAAUUGGCCCUGAGCCGACGACAGAUAAAUUUGUGGCGAUUAUGGAGGGCCCUACUGAUCAAGUGAUCCCGGGCAAUACAGCAGUGGUGGACCCCACAAAGCCCUUUAGUCAGCUGUCUAACUUCGGAAAUAUAUUUCUUCAGCGGUUUGAGUGCUCUAUGCUGCCCUGUGUUGUUUUAAAUGGGCUAACGCUGAUAGAUACUCCUGGGGUUCUCAGCGGCAACAAACAAACAUCUCGAGGCUACGACUUCGAGGCGGUUGUUCAGUGGUUUGCGGAGAGAGUGGAUUUAAUAUUAUUAAUAUUUGAUGCACACAAGUUAGACAUCUCAGAUGAAUUCAGAAGAUGCAUCCAUGCCUUGAGGGGGAACGACACGAAAAUUCGCAUUGUCCUCAACAAGGCCGACAUGGUUUCUUAUCAGCAGCUCAUGAGGGUUUACGGGGCCCUCAUGUGGUCGCUUGGCAAGGUAAUAUCUUCUCCUGAAGUCGCCCGGGUGUAUAUUGGCUCUUUUUGGAAUAACCCGCUGCAAAACGACGAAAACCGCAAACUUUUCGAGGCGGAG